ACACGCAAGUGCAUUCGCCGAGUCCGUAGCUCGGGUGGUCGCGCGUAUCGUGUGUCGUGCUUUCUCGCCGCACACAGCAGCAGCUGCAGCAGAGCAGGUUUCGUCGAUUGAACCGAAAAAAUUUUUUGUUCCCUAUAAUCACGAGAAGAUAGUUGACGACGAUUGUUGCGUCGAACCCGCGCCCUCGGUUCCGAGAGUAUACGAAGCAAUAAACGUAGAGAAUCAUCGCAAGCGCAUAGAUAUUAAAUAAAGCUCAGCAGUAGCAGCAGCGAUGGGUAAGGAGAAGAUUCACAUCAACAUCGUGGUGAUCGGCCACGUCGACUCGGGCAAGUCGACCACCACCGGUCACCUCAUCUACAAGUGCGGCGGCAUCGACAAGCGCACCAUCGAGAAAUUCGAGAAGGAGGCCCAGGAGAUGGGCAAGGGCAGCUUCAAGUACGCCUGGGUCCUCGACAAGCUCAAGGCCGAGCGCGAGCGCGGCAUCACCAUCGACAUCGCUCUCUGGAAAUUCGAGACCGCAAAGUACUACGUGACCAUCAUCGACGCGCCCGGCCAUCGGGACUUCAUCAAGAACAUGAUCACGGGCACCUCGCAGGCCGACUGCGCCGUGCUCAUAGUCGCGGCGGGCAUCGGCGAGUUCGAGGCCGGCAUCUCCAAGAACGGCCAGACGCGCGAGCACGCCCUGCUCGCCUUCACCCUGGGCGUCAAGCAGCUCAUCGUCGGCGUCAACAAGAUGGACAUGACCGACCCGCCCUACGCCGAGGCCCGCUACGAGGAGAUCAAGAAGGAGGUCUCGUCCUACAUCAAGAAGAUCGGCUACAAUCCGGCCUCGGUGGCCUUCGUGCCCAUCUCCGGCUGGCACGGCGACAACAUGCUCGAGCCCUCGCCCAAGACCGGCUGGUUCAAGGGCUGGAAGGUCGAGCGCAAGGACGGCAACGCCGAGGGCAAGACCCUGAUCGAGGCGCUCGACGCGAUACUGCCGCCCUCGAGGCCGACCGAUAAGCCGCUGCGUCUGCCGCUGCAGGACGUCUACAAGAUCGGCGGCAUCGGCACCGUACCCGUGGGUCGCGUCGAGACCGGAGUCCUCAAGCCCGGCAUGGUCGUCACCUUCGCCCCGGCCAAUCUCACCACCGAGGUCAAGUCCGUGGAGAUGCAUCACGAGGCCCUGACCGAGGCCGUGCCCGGCGACAACGUCGGCUUCAACGUCAAGAAUAUCUCGGUGAAGGAGCUGCGUCGCGGCUACGUCACGGGCGACUCCAAGGCGCAGCCGCCUCGCGGCGCCCAGGACUUCACGGCCCAGGUGAUCGUGCUCAAUCAUCCGGGCACCAUCAGCAACGGCUACACGCCCGUGCUGGACUGCCACACGGCCCACAUCGCCUGCAAGUUCGCCGAGAUCAAGGAGAAGUGCGAUCGGCGCACGGGCAAGACCACCGAGGAGAAUCCCAAGUGCGUGAAGAGCGGCGACGCGGCGAUCGUCGUGCUGCAGCCGACCAAGCCCAUGUGCGUCGAGUCGUUCCAGGAGUUUCCGCCGCUCGGCCGCUUCGCCGUGCGCGACAUGCGUCAGACCGUCGCUGUGGGGGUGAUCAAGAGCGUGAACUUUAAAGACAUCCAGGGCAAAGUAACAAAGGCCGCGGAGAAAGCCCAGAAGAAAAAGUAACCAUCAAGCUUCCUCGGAAGCCAGCUGAUGAGUCACGUGGAAGCUCGAGGCAAUUGCCAACCUACUACAAUUACUACCAACGCCCCGAGCUACGUGCUUCGUCACCCAAUCACCACCAUCACCAUCAAUCGCCAUCGCCAAUUGCCGAUAUCGUCGAAAAUAGAGCAACAACAACUUUAUGAAACAAUGAAAGCGAGUCAACGAGCCACGGUUAACGAUCGCUGCUUCUGCAGCUGCAGCUUGGGUCAACAGCAACAACAGCAACAGCAACCACAAGCGAAGUGCAAGUUCUGCCGGCCGAGCGUGGCACAACAACAUCCGGCCGCCUCGCAGCAGCGCUACCCGGUCGUGCUGAAUCCCCGCAUAUAUCCGCACCUGCAUCAGCAGUUCACCCACGCGCCCCGCACGCCGCAAAUAUGCUAGGGCUUGUGCAGCCUCGAGCUCGCUGCGUCGCCGCUAAUUAAGCUGCUGCUCACAUCAGAGCCGUCCGCGAGCUGAUAAUUUCUUUCGUGAUAACGAUCUUCAGCCGCCGUCGUCGUACCUUGUUAAAAGAAACGGAUGAAUGAGUUUGCGAGAGUCAUUUGUGUGUGGAUGACUUUUGGUCUCGCGAACGCACCGACGAGCUUUCGUCGCGUUCGAAUCGAGUCGAAUCAGAGAAGACAGACUGAGAGAAACGAGGUGCCCUCUGGCGAACAUAGUUAGAAAUGCAUAUUACACAAGCAUGUGAUGUAUACUUUAAUAAUUGUGUAUUUGUAACUAAAAAAGCCGCGUGUCGAUUGUUCAAGCACAUGUACGCACACGCGGACUUUCUUUUGUACCAUCUGUUGAUUGUUGAAUUGAUUAUUAACUUGAAGAGCGAUUUAAAUUUUCUAAACGAUGUUUUUACUUCCUAUACGAACUAGUUGUUUUGAACGCUUACUUUUUUAUCGAUUGUUACUUCGGGAAAAAAUUCUCUACCACGUUAUAAGUAUCGGGUAUACACCUGUUAUUAUUGAUUAAUUAAAAAAUACAUUAAUUGCCACAGCAGCAAAACGAAUUCAAUGAUGAAAGAACAAAAAAAUUGGAAUUGAUAAGUAGAUAUGUGUGUAUAAUGAGCCAAAGGUUAAAAGGGAAGCGUAUGAUGGAGCGGAUCGAAAAAAAUCGUGCACGCGGACGGUAUAUUUUGCAACUAUUAAUAAGCGAGAAACCAACAACUCAGCAUCAUUCCUUCGGCGUAGUGAAUAGGUUUUUUUCGAUUUUAUAUUGUACAUUACGUACCUCGAUGCCGAGGACUCGGCAGACUGAUUAUAAUAAUCAACAAAAAAACGGUUCGAAUGAUUUGUCGAUUUUUCACGCACAUUAGAAUUUGGAUUGAAAAAUUUUUAUCUAAUUUCUUCAGGGUUUACAUCGAAAAUAUUUUAUAAAUAUUGAAGUCUGACUUGUCCUAAAUUCACCGAUAAUCGUUAAAAAUCGAUGAAAUAAUGUAAAAAAUGCUCAAGUGAUCGAGUGUUACAGGACGAAAAAAACGUUGAUAUUAUAACUUUAAUUUAAAAUAAUUAAUUUCGAAUUAAAUAAGUAAUGAUCGAGAAACAAAGUUGUAUCGUGUCCAGAACUGGAACAACUUUUUAAUCCUCGUCAUGUUACGAUUUUAUUACUUAAUAUUGAAAUAUGUCAUGAAACAUUUUUGAAAAAUGCAAGGUGACGUGUGAUUAUAUCUCUUUUUUUUAAAGAGGAAGCGAGACUCGGACGUUGAUUUCGCUGGAGAGGCAAGCGAAUUGGUGAAUGAAGCGAUUGACACUAAUAACUAUUAUUAUAUAAACGGUAGAUAUUUGGGAAUCCAAAGAUAUCAAUUUAUUAUAUUUAUAACAAUUCUCAAAUACCCCCCUCAAAAGUAAGAUGAAUUUCCCAUAUAAAACUCAUUUAAUCUAUCAUGUAUUCUCCACGUAAAACUUAUCUUAAACAUUGUGCGUGAGUCUAUUCUGCGAAUUGUGCUCAUCUGCACUCCCCCAUCAUAGUCAGUAUUACGAUAAAAAAAAGUAUAUAGAUAUAUGUUUUAGUUUUAAUGAAUACGAAAAAUUAAAAUUUUUCUCUCGCAUAUAUAAUUGUGAUUUGUGGAAAACUCGUAUCCCAGCAAAAAUACUUUACAGAACUUUAAAUUAAUUAUUAUCGAUUUAUCAAUCAUAGUUCGUAUGAUUAAGAAUAAUUUGUUAAUCUCAUUGUACGUUUUUUUAUCCUAAGUUAAAAAUAAAGGUAGUACGAAAAAAAA